UUUUUUUGGCGUCUCACUUUUGCAAUGAAAAUUAAGACUUUAAUGACCUAUUCUUUAUUACGAUGCUGAGUCAAUCGAGAAAAAAGAUUUCAUUAGACAACUACCGAUAGACAGACUUUUACUUAAAGCACUUUUUCAAAAAUCAAUCUCAGUCCGUAAACAACCAGAUACCAUGAAACGUUAGAAAUAUGUUGAGACUAAAAUAACAUUUAUGAUAAAGAUUAUUAGACUUCUAUCCUGAUUUGUUAGGGUGAGGGUGGUCAUAUCCAUACCUCGAAGAGAAAAUGAAUAUCGAUACAGCAUACAAGAAUAAUGGUGGAUUUAUUAUCUGGGCUCCGAUUCAUCCUAUAAGUCCUAUUUUUUUGAAAAAUCCUAUAUUUUGUCCUAUAUUUCGAUUGAUUUUCCUAUUUUUCCUAUAUUUUGUCAAAAAAGUGAAAAAAUUUCACGAAACUUGACUUUGUCCUGAGGAGGAGUAUAGGGAUCUUCGCGGCGCUACCCCUCUCGCCGGUCAUCACUUUGACGAAAAAACCGGGUAAUGUGAAUAGCUAUUUCUGGUAAGUAAAGCACAUACAUUUGAGGUGCGGUUCGACCUACAAUACCUAUAUUGUGGUCAAUUUUUUACUUUUUUUAGUGAAAACAAUCGUAUAAUUCAGAAAACAAAAUCCUUUAUGGGAAUUCCCAUAAUUUCGAAAAUGUGUAAUCGAAUGCCAGACUAUUGUAGAUAAAAUGAAAAAAAAAAAUAAUUAAUAGAUCAUCUGUUGCAUAUUGCUCUAAUUUCUUUUCCUUUCUAUCCAGCUGUUAUACAUAUGUCCUCGUUCUUUUGCUUUUCUUCUCUGUUCAGCUGUUAUACAUAUGUUCUUGUUCUGUUGUUUUCUUUUCCGUUCAAUUGUUCCAUAUGUUCCUGUUUGUUUGACCUACUUUUUCUAACCGAUGUCUUCUCUGAAUAAGAAGAAUCAUUGUUUUAAUUCUUCUCAUUGCUCAUUAUCUAAAACAAAGGCGAAGAAGCUUCUCCAUUGUUUUCCCAGCUCAUUAAUUUAUCUCUCCCUGUAUAAAUACUCCCUCUUUUUCCAGUAAAGAGCGGUUAAAUAUUUGUUUAUCCAUUGUGUCGUAUAUUUAACUUCCUCGUCUUUGAUUUUAUAAAUAUAAUUCCAAGAAAGUUAACACAAUUUAAUACAGAUUGGCUCCAUCGAGUUGAUUCCAACAACGAUUCGGUAAACAUAUGGCUGAAAAAGGGCUACACACCUACAACUUUCAAGUGCAGUUUAUGUCAAACAGGUGAUGUAAAUUGUGGUAAUCAAGGUUGCAGAACAAUAGAACAACAUAUGAAUAUUAAUAAACAUAAAGAAAUAUUACGUCAAUAGAAACAGAAUGCCAAAUUUCGUGUAACAAAUCAAACACGAUCAGAUUCACCUGAUUCAUCUACAUUCACCUUGACUAGUAUUCCAGUAUUAGAUACAAAUACAAACAAAAAUAAACCUUUAACAUUAGAUGGUCAAGUAACAAAAGCUGAAAUUCUAUGGUCGUUAAAAGUUACUCAAAAAGGUCUAAGUUAUAAAUUAUGUGAUGAAUUAAAUGAAUUGUUUUCAUCAAUAUUUCCUGAUUCUUCAAUUGUCGGAAACUUUAGUAUUCAAGCUGAUAAAAUGUCUUACGUUAUAUCACACGGAUUGGGUCCUUAUUUCAAGAAAAAAUUAAUCGAAGAUGUUAAAAAAGCUGAUAAAUAUUGGUCUAAUGAAAAACAAUGUGCUGUUAAUCGAUUUUAUAAAUCAGUUAUAUUAGGUCAUGCUUAUACAAAAACAAUUUGUGAUAUAAUUAUUGAAUCAUUUACUACUGAUGGAUUGAAUUUAAAUAAACUUUUAAUACAAGAAGAUUAUAAAAAUGUUAGUGAAGAUAUUGAUUCUGUUAUGGAAAAAGCAAUUCUAUAUUUUUCAAUAACAAGAUGGGUUUUAUUAGGCAAAGUUAUUGAUCGAAUUUUAGUUGAACUAGUCGAUCGGUCUUGGUAUAUUAAAGAUGAAUAUGUUGAUUCAAAUGGUAAUAAUCAAAUAAAAUAUCAUUCUAUUGAUUACUAUUGGAACAACGUCUUUUCAAUUUUGACAAAAAAUGGUAUAUCAAAGUAUCCAACAUUAACUAAACUAAUAAAAAAUGUUUUAAUUAUUACACAUGGUAAUGCUGAUGUUGAGAGAGGUUUUAGUAUUAACUCGAAUAUUCUUAGGGAAAAUCGAUCAUCAUUAUCAGAGUCAUCAAUAAAUGGUCCAAGAUUAGUUUAUGAUAAAGUAAAACUUUUUGGAAGUGGAUCAGCACAUAAAGUACCUAUAACUACAGAUAUGAUUAAUAUGGUAAAGAAAUCAUCCAGUAAUUAUCGUGAAGGUUUAAUUGCUGCCAAAUUAGCAAUUGCUAUUCAUAACAAUGAGGAAAACAACAACAAAAUGAUUCAAAAUGAAAAACAACAACAUCUUGAAGAAGAAAAGAUGUUAUUGGACAAACAAAAAACUCUUGCACAUCAGAUGAAGCAAGCUGAAAAUUUGAUUGAAGAAGGAACAAAUCGAUUAGAAGGUGCAUUGACAAGUGGUGUUUUUUCAGAAGUACAUGCUGCUAAACUUUUGAUUGCUGGAGGUCGUGAAAAAUUAACAUCAAUUAAUGAACAACAGCAACAACUUACAAAUGAACUCGAUAAAGUUCGAUUAAAAAGAAAAAAUGCUUUUUUUCAUGAACAAUCAAUCAACAAGAAGCUGAAAUCCAUCCAACAGAAUCAACAUAAUAUAAUGGACUUGAUAGAUAACACUUAA